AUGCUCGACGAGUUCCGGACGCGCAUCCGGAAUUCCACGUUGAACCUGAUUGACCUGGCGGGGAGUGAGCGCGUGAAGAAGAGUGGGGCAGCAGGUCAACGCAUGCGCGAGGGUCAGAACAUCAACAGCUCGCUGAGUGUCCUGGGUCAGGUGAUCUCCAAGCUGGCGCAGGGGAAGUUCAAGCACGUGCCCUUCAGGCAGAGCAAGCUCACGUACCUUCUCACCGACGCCCUGAACGGCAACAGCAAGACCCACAUGGUCGCUGCAAUCUCGCCGGCGCUCUCCGAAACGGAGGAGACGUUGGGCACCCUGCGCUUUGCCAGCUCAGUCAAGAAGGUCAGGACCCACGCCGUGAGCAACGAGCAGGAUGUGGCUGAGAACGACCUUCUUUUGCAGACCAUGCGAUCGGAGGCCGAGGAGCUGAAGGCUGCGGCCCUCAAAGCCAAGAAGGAGAGCCCUCACCAGGCCCGGCGUUACAUGCAGAGCGCCGAGGCCGUGGAGCACGCGGUGCUGAGCAUCCAGACUCGCGUCGACAAGACAAUGUGGUCCCAGGCGCAGCUGGCGCAGCAGGAGGCCUCGCGCCUGCGCUGCGAGGCGCUGGCCGGGCUGAGCCUUCCGUUCAACAUCGGUGGCAUGCUGGGGGCUGACAGUCACUCAGAGCACACGGUCAACGCCAAUUCGCCGUACCUGCUGAACAUCUCGGAUGACAUCUCCUUGGCUGGUAGGUUGCUGUACUUCCUGCCGGAGGGCCCUCCCAUCACCGUGGGCUCCGAGGAGACCAACCGCAUCCGGCUCAUGGGCCUCGGUAUCCCGGAUCACCUCUGCGACAUCUCCGUCGUGGCAGGUGGCAAAGGUGUGGAGGUGUUGCAUUCCGGCCGGAGUGGUCGCCUCCUGGUGGAUGGAAGCCCCGUGUCGCACAACCAGGCCACGGCUCUCUACCACGGCGCGCGGAUCAUCUUUGGGCGGGCCUUUGCCUUCCGCCUGGUGAUCCCAUUGGCCUCCCAGGGCCACACCGGCGACGAGGAGGAGGAGUGCUACCAACGUGCAGCUGCGCUGCCCAGCCCCUUCCCCGCCUGCGAAGGGGACACCCUGCAGCGCUUGCGCUUGCUCAUCGAGACCUCGGUGGCGCCCGUGCUGGGCGAAGUCGAGUGUGCGGAGAUCAUGAGACGAGCCGGGGAGGUGCACAAUGAUGUGGAUGAGGCCAAUGAGCUUCUCAAAGAGAUCGAGCAGACACCGCUGCAGGUCCUGGAAGUUGGCCUCCUGCUGCGUGCCCCCGAGGCAAUCAGCGACAGCACGCCCUCGAAUCAUCGCAGACCACAACUAGUCGUCCACUGCUCCCGGCUUUCAGACGGCGAGCUGCUUUCGGUAUGGCCCAUCGCGCGAUUCUACCAGCACUUGGAAGAGUUGCGCGACUUCUACCAGCAGCGGUGCGAUCGCAAACGCCAGGGCUUGCCCAUCGACGCCGAGAGGGGUUUGUCCAUGGCCUGGGAGGCCUUCAUCUGGCGAGGGUUCGAGCGAUGA